AUGGAUUCUGUUAACUAUAAGACCGAACAGAAUAUAGAACUCUUUGAAAUAAAUGACGACAAGAAAAAUGAGGACUAUGAACCAUCACAAAUCUCAUUGAAUGAGGAUUUUUUCCUCAAUGAAACAUCCAAGAAGCUCAAAGUCCAAGAGCUUGCUGAUGAAUUGCAAGUCGAUCAGAAGAAGCUCAUGAUGAAGACCGACAUGUUCGUGUUGGCCCCAUUUUGUCUUCUUUAUCUUGUUGCGAAUCUUGACCGUACCCAUUUUGGGCUUCUUUAUCUUAAUGGUCUCACCUCGACUCUCAAAAUAACCCAAUUGCAGUAUUUCGCUGCCUGUGCUGCGUUCUUUUCACCGUAUGUGUUUUUCCAAUUUUUCUCAAACUUGAUCUUGAAAUCCGUCAGACCACAUUUUUGGAUUAGUAUUUCUGUGCUAAUGUAUGGGACCUUUGUUCUUGCCUCUGGGUUUGUGAAAAGUUACGGUGGAUAUGUCGCUUGUGAGUUCUUUCAUGGGGUGUUCCAAUCAGGCUGUGAUAGUGCCGUGUUUUAUAUUCUUGCCCAUUAUUAUGAGAGACGAGAAUCACAAAAGAGAAUCUCUUAUCUCUACUCCACUCAACACGUUGCUAUCCUUGUCAAUAAUCUUAUAUGCUACGGUGUCAACCUUCAUAUGCAUAACCGUUAUGGGCUUGAAACCUGGAGAUGGUUAUUGAUUAUCCAAGGUGCUAUUACCAUGGGCUCUGCGUUUAUCUUGUUUUUCAUCUUGCCAGAUUUUCCUGAAGGCAUGAGAUUCUUCAAUAACAAUGAAUCAAUCUUCAUUAUCAGAAAGUUGGAAGUCUAUUUUGGAAAGUCCGGGUACAAUAUCAGCUUCUCUAAAGGCGAAAUUUUCGAAACACUCAGGGACCCAAUGGUGUGGCUUCCCGGACUUACUGCCGUGUUCUUAGGCUGUAUUCCUUAUGUUUACACGUACAUCGAGACCAUCGCUUUUACAUUUUUCGGCUUUAGUCCGGAACUUGCUAUGGAAAAGGUAACAUACACAUAUAUUUGUGGGUUCUUUUAUAUGAUCAUAACGGGAUAUUUAUCUGAUUACUUUUGUAAAAGAUCCCCCUUCAUCAUUUUCAGCUCAUUACUUGGGUUGUACGGUCUUUUAGCAAUUCGGUUCGCGAAUCCAGGCGAUAAUUGGAGAUACUCCCUCAUUUUCUUCGUUACUGCUGGGUCAUAUGCUGCCUUCCCACACUUUGUUGGCUGGGCUGCCUUCAAUUUAUGCGGUCACUUGAGAAGAUCGGUGGCGACAUCCCUCAUCAUCAGUUUGUCGGAUUUGUCGGGCCUUUAUGGAUUCUUCGUUCUUUUUAAUAACAACAUAAAAUUUACCAAGGCUCUCACAGUAGGGUUUGUAUGGGAAAUAAUCUCAAUAGUGCUUGUUCUUGGGUGUGUGUUCUUGGUUUAUCAUGAAAACAAGAAGAAAAGAUCAAGAGAAUACAAAGAUAAUUUCAACCUGCUUUCUGAAAGAAAAAAGAUUUUGGCUGGAGACAAAGACCCAAAUUUUGAUUAUAUUUACUAG